CGGAUCUGAUGAGUUGUGCUGACUGGCACACAAACGACAUGGAACCACAAACACACACAUAUUAACACUGAGACAAACUUGCAUCACAUCUGCAGCCGAACACACUCAAUAAAUUACAGGACGCACGAUGGAGGCGUUCAGCUCCAAGGACAUGGCAAUGAAGGCCCAGAAGAAGAUCCUGAGUCACAUGGCCAGUAAGUCCAUGGUUCACAUGUUCAUCGACGACAACAGCAGUGAAGUUCUGGACGAGCUAUACCGCGUCUCGAAAGAGCACACAGGAAACCGCACCGAGGCGCAGAAGGUGGUGAAGAACAUGAUCAAAAUCGCUGUGAAGGUUGGCGUUCUGUUCCGACACGAGAAGUUCAGUCCAGAAGAGCUGAGUCUCGCACAAGACUUCAGGAAAAAACUCCAUCAUGGAGCCAUGACGGCCAUCAGCUUCCAGGAGGUGGAGUUCACGUUUGAUAAGACUGUAAUGACGGAGCUGCUGUCAGAAUGUCGUGAUUUAAUGCUGAAGCUGGUUGAGAAGCACCUGACGGCGAAGUCUCUGGACCGCAUCAGACACGUAUUUAAUCAUUACUCUGACCCUGAGCUCCUCACACACCUGUACGAGCCGCAGGGGACGCUGUGGCCAAAUCUCACCAAGAUCUGCAGCGGACUCAACCGCAUGAUAGAGGAGGGCAAACUCUGAACUCACAACACGGAGGCAGAACACACAGCGCAGUCGAAGAGGACGUUUUAAUCAGCGGGUUUUCAUUUGCCGGACAAAGAAAAAAAUAAUCAAGCCACUCACUGAAGAAUAAAAACGUUGCUCUGUCUUGGUGGAAUAGAAAUAGGAAUAUAUUGUUUUAUUCAGUUUUACUGUUUGCAACAAAUAUUCUUUUUUGAUAUUAAAAGGCUAGAAAAGACUGAUCUGAGACUUCCAAGCGAUGUCGGCCUGUUACAACAAGACGCCAAACCAAAGACAACUUAUGCAACACUGGAAUUUCGUACACUUGUAUUUACCAGUAAAGGCCAAAAAAAUUGAAAAAUCUCCUUUUCACUUACAAUGUAUUUUGAUCAACAGCAGCAGUAUUAUAUUUAAAGUUAAAAGCAGUAUUAAAGUAUAAUUGUUUCACAGUAUUUCAAAUAUUACUCGAGUGUUUUUCAGUGGAAGAAGACUCUUUUAAAACCUUCUCUCAUUUCUUCAGAGAUGAUCCUUACUGUUUUCACACAGGUUUCCCAAUCAUUCCCGCACUCUACCAUUGGUCAAGCCACUGAUAGUUCCGCCCCCAAACUCAUGCCAUUGGUUGAGUCAGUGUUGCCCUAUCAGCUUGGUCCGGAUGAGGGCUGGGUAAAAAAUAUAGAUUUCAAUGUGCUGAUAUCAAUUCUCAAAACUCGAUCAUGAUUUCUGAACAUGUUCUAACUUGUUAUCCUUCUUGUACUGUUUUUAUUUGUUCUAUUGCUUGUAAUUCAUUUUUCUAUUCUCACUUUAUAAAUUCAUGUUUACUUGUCUUGAAUAAUUACUUAAAACUUGAAACAAUAUUUACUGAAAUGAGUUUGUAUUUUGUUGUGGUAUUGAAACUGGUAUCGAGAAUCAUCACACUGCUUUUAUAUGGAAGCAAAAUGGUCAUUAUAACUGAAAUACACCCAAAUUAAUCAGAAUCGAGAUUCAAUCGGAACUUUAUCAACUUGGUGGCUCCAAAAACCUGCUUUUGUUUUGUUCUCAAUCAUGUCGACUGUAUCUGAGAAACAUUUUGUGUGGAUGCGACAAAGCGAUCAAAAGUUACAACAUUACAAAUAUAAUUGAUCAUAGUGUCCAAAAACAUCUCCAAACAAAUAAAAGAUAAUAAUUGUACAUAAGAACUAAUUACACAUGCAAACACAACAAUGACUAAAGGUUUGCAUAGCAUGCAGACAUGAUUUUAGUCAUGAGAUUUCACAGAAUGAGUUUCAUUCUGUGUCAUUUGAGUCAUCAUUGAGUCUGUGUCGUGUAUUUGGCGCCAUCUCCUGGUGGUCAUAUGUAACAUUGUGCUUCAUGUGGAUUAUCUAAUGAUCUAUACAUCUGAUUAUCUUGUGUGUGGACUCGAUUGAAAGAUAAUCACAGACUCUAAAUAAUCAUAUGUGAUGUUUUAUGUUCCAUUUAUAUUCUGUGAAUUUAUAAGUGAAAAUGUGGCAUAUGAGCAACAAUUGUUCACAUGAAACAUAUUUGUCAAAGACAAAUACUUCACUAUUACUCGCUAUAUUUUUUUGUCUGUGUGUAAAAUAAAUAGUCUGGUUGUGUUUUACUCUUUGAGAUCU